AGCAUCUUGGAUGCUUUGAAUGCACGAGCAAAUGCAGCAGCAUUAGCAAACGGAAACGGUCAUUUAUUGCAAAAUCCAAUCACAGCGAUUUUCAGUCAGCAACAAGAUAGCAGCGACUCCAGCAACGCUCCUGGCUCAGUUGUCACUUCAGAGAACGGUCCUAACAAUACGCUGAUCAAUAAUAAUGGACUACUGGCAGACAUGCUAACAGCAAAUCUGAUAAUGGCAGCAAGCAGUAGUGGAACAAGCGGUGUCACAACAGCAACGGCAACGGCUGUAACCGGAGCAGGAGCAGCGGUCAGCCGCAAAUGGAGCCGUGAAGAUCGGAAGCAGAAAGAAAUGGAAACAAAAAUGGCACUCAUGCUUUCUGCCACUCAGUUACCCAUGAAUAUCAUUGAAAAUUCAUUCUUCCGUGAAUUCAUGGAGUAUCAUUAUUUUCAGAUCCUUAAUACGCAACAUGCACGGACAGUUGUUAAUUUGAAGAAUCAUUUGGCUGUUGCCAAAAAGAUUGCAAUUAUGAUUGAUGUGUUAAAGCUGAACACUCCGACAACGUCGGCUUCGCUGACCACUGGAAACGAUGAUAAGGAAGAAUCGAAGGAUUCGGAUUCAAAAGACUCGACGUCUGAGAAUUCGGAUAGUGGUUUUGAUGCAAGCAGCGAAAAUCAGUCGGGCGCUGAAUCGCCAAAAUCAUCAUCGGCUGUGCCUAUUGAAGAAAUGCGACCGCUGGUCCGGCUUUGCAUAUCUGCCGCUUUCUAUAGCCCACUGGUGCAGCGCAUGGAUGUUGCCCUUCUUGGCGUCCGAACGCUUGCUGAUCAGCCGAGCAUGCUAGACGCUGUUAAAAAUACUGUUGAACAGGUUCUUGCCGAAUUCGAGAUCACAUCCAGCAAGGUGUCGAGAUAUCUUUGCAACGGUAUAUGUGAGCUAAUUGGCAAAGAUGUGUCGCUGGAGGAUAUCUUCCCUCAAAUGGUUGCCAAACUAAUUUUUUAUUCAGUCAUAAAUUGCUCAUAA